AUGGGCGAAAAGAGGAAAGCCUCACAAGACCUGCAGAACUACAGGCUCCCUGUAGAUAAUGGUGAUACGAACCAACCAACAGCCACGGCCAGCACCCUUAUAGGCCCGGCGCAAGAUAAUGUAGCUCGAGAUCGUCACUACGCCGAACUCUACGCCAAAGCACCCGAUUUUCAACAGCUUGCCCUUCAAGAUACAGACUUUGCGCGACUGUGGAAUCAGCACAAGUCCGACUUCUUCAACGAUCCAGAAUGUGUCACUAAUCGACACAACUAUAUCCUCUGGUUGAAAAGACUUCUCGACACCUCUACGUACGAGAAGCAUGCUCAGGAUGUUGUUGGGCUAGAUAUAGGUACCGGCGCAAGUUGCAUCUACCCACUACUAGGUUGCACAGAACGCAAUUGGAACUUUAUCGCUACAGACAUUGACUCCAAAAGUCUUGAGUAUGCUCGCAAGAAUGCGACUUUGAACAAUCUUGACCAGAGGAUCAAGAUUGUCGAUCGGAAAUGGACAGACAAUCUCAUCCCACUAGAUGAACUGCAUAUUCCACGUAUCGCAUUCACCAUGUCUAACCCGCCCUUUUACAAAUCUGAGCAAGAGCUUGUUGAAAGUGCUAAGAAAAAGUCACAGGCGCCCUUCACGGCCUGCACAGGUGCCAAAGUCGAGAUGAUAACUACCGGUGGUGAAGUCGCAUUUGUUGAUCGCAUCCUUAACGAGUCUCUCGUCCUUCGAGAUCGUGUGCAGUGGUACACAUCUAUGUUUGGCUUCCAGUCAAGCCUAGUCAGAUUUGUGGAUAAGCUGAAGGAGAACAAUAUCUGCAACUACGCCGUAACGGAAUUUGUCCAAGGAAGUCAAACGAGGCGCUGGGCUAUCGCGUGGAGCUUUGAAAGCAUGCGUCCAAGUCAAGACGUUGCUCGCGGCACCAAGAAUUCACUUUCCAAGAACGCUCUCCCCGAUAUCACGGAGGAGACGGUUGUGGAUUUACCUUUCCAUGGAUCCAUCAGCAACUUUGCAGACCAGUUCCGCGCUGAGCUUGAAAAGCUCGAACUUCUUAGCUGGGAAUGGGACGCUGAAAGACUGGAAGGCACUGGUCGAGCAGCCGGUCGUGUCUGGGCACGAGCUUGGCGGAGAAAGAAGCAGAGAGCAGAUGAAGAAGAUGCCAGAUCUGAGUCAACAAAAUGCGUUUUUGCUUUCAGAGUGUCCAUACGGUUUGACAAGGAUUUUAUGUCAGUCAGUUGUCGAUGGCUGGAGGGCCACGAUCCGGUUACAUUUGAUAGCUUCCGUGGACAUGUGAAGAAGACGGUAAAGUCUAUCUUCGUUCGAUCUGUUUCCGAGAUGCACACCUCUAAUUAG